CACACCCCUUCCCUGUCCCCUCCCUCGGGCAGGUGCUCCCUGCCUGCGCUGGGGGGUUCUGGGCAGGAGGGGGUUAAGGAGCUGUGCAUGAUAACAGCCCUUUUGUCAUUGAAUGAGGGGAAGGAAAAGGCUGCCUGCCUGGGAGAUAAUCAGUCACUUUCAGCACCGGGAAGCAAGCGAAGGGAAGCGAAGGGAAGGGAAGGGAGCUCCCAGCGGCUGGAGCCCAGGGCAGUGGGGGGACGGGGCGCGGAGGGGCAGCGGGCGCGGGCAGACUCGGAAUUCCGGCCAUGGUCACGGGGUGGCCCGCCGGGAUCUAGGGGGCUGGAGCAGGGGAGCCGGGGGGCUGCACCUCGGGGGGCAGCGAUGCGCCAGUGACGCCAUGCGGUGGGCGCUGGUGGUGCUGUGCGGGGUCCUGUGCCAGUUGGGCGGGUCGCGGGGCCAAGGGGCCAACCUGACGCUGGCCGUGCUGCUGCCGAAGCAAAACAUGACCUACCCGUGGGCUUGGCCCCGCGUGGGCCCUGCCAUCUGGCUGGCCAUCGACCGGAUCAACCGGCAGCCGGACCUACUGCCGGGCCACACGGUGCGCUGGGUGUUCGGGAACAGCGAGGACAAGCACGGCGUCUGCUCCGACCAGGACGCCCCCGUGGCCGCCGUGGACCUCAAGCUGACCGACAACCCCGACGCCUUCAUCGGCCCCGGCUGCGUCUACAGCUCGGCGCCCGUGGCCCGCCUGACCAGCCACUGGAAGCUGCCCCUGGUGACGGCCGGGGCCGAGGCCCACGGCUUCGACAACAAGGACAUGUUCUCCCUGACCACGCGGGCCGGGCCCAGCCACCGCAAGCUGGGUGAGUACGUCGUGGGGCUCCAGCGCCACUUCAACUGGACCCACCGCGCCAUGCUGGUCUACUCGGACGAGAAGAUGGACGACCGGCCCUGCUUCUUCGCCAUCGAGGGGCUGUACAUGCAGCUGCCCACCGUCCACAACCUCACCGUGAUGGACAUCUCCUUCAAGGACCAGGCCAACUACACCUCCCUAAUCCAGGACAUCAAGCAGAAGGGCAGAAUCGUGUACAUUUGCUGCCCCCCGGACACCUUCCGCCAGCUCAUGCUGCAGGCCCGGCGCGAGGGGCUCAUGCAGGGGGACUUCGCCUUCUUCUACAUCGACAUCUUCGGGGCCAGCCUGCAGGGCUCCCGCUUCCCCGAGCCCCAGAGGCCCUGGAGACGCGGGGACAAGGAUGACGCCAACGCCAGGGAGGCCUUUAAGGCAGUGAUGAUCAUCACCUGCAAGGAGCCCGAGAACCCCGAGUACCAGCCCUUCCUGGAGCAGCUCAAGCAGGGGGCCCGCACCCACUUCAACUUCACCCUGCAGGACGGUCUGAUGAACUACAUCGCGGCGGCCUUCCACGACGGGGUGCUGCUAUACGCCCGGGCCGUGAACGAGACCCUCCAGCAGGGCGGCACCGUCCGGAACGCCAGCGCCAUCACCCACCACAUGUGGAACCGCACCUUCUACGGAGUCACCGGCUUCCUGAAGAUUGAUGAGAACGGAGACCGGGAGAGCGACUAUUCACUGUGGGAUAUGGACCCCAUGUCGGGCACGUUCCAGAUAGUCUACAGCUACAAUGGCACCACCAAGAAGAUGAGCGCGGUGCCCGGGCGUGAAAUCCACUGGCCGGGGAAAGGCGUGCCCAGGGACGUCCCGCCCUGCGGCUUCGACAACAGCAACCCCCUGUGCCGCAAAGCCAGUUUAACCACCCUGGAGAUCCUCUCCGUCAUGGUGAGCCUCAUCCUGCUGAUUAUCACCGUCACCUCCUUCUUCAUCUACAGGAAGCUGAAUCUGGAGAAGGAACUGGCGGCCGAGCUGUGGCGUGUGCGCUGGGAGGACGUCCAGUCCAGCAGCCUGGAGAAACACCUGCGCAGCACCGGGAGCAAACUGACCCUGUCCCUGAGAGGCUCCAACUACGGCUCCCUGCUGACCACGGAGGGGCAGUUCCAGAUCUAUGCCAAGACGGCCUAUUACAAGGGGAACAUCGUGGCGGUGAAGCACAUCAAUCGGAAGAGAAUUGAGCUGACGCGGAAGGUGCUGUUUGAGCUGAAACACAUCAGGGACGUCCAGAACGAACACCUGACCCGCUUCGUCGGAGCCUGCACGGACCCCCCAAACAUCUGCAUCCUGACGGAGUACUGCCCACGCGGGAGCCUCCAGGACAUCCUGGAAAACGAGAGCAUCACGCUGGACUGGAUGUUCCGGUACUCGCUCACCACUGACAUUGUCAAGGGGAUGCUGUUCCUGCACAAUGGGGUGAUCGUCUCCCAUGGCAACCUCAAGUCCUCCAACUGCGUGGUGGACAGCCGCUUCGUGCUCAAGAUCACGGACUACGGGCUGGAGAGCUUCCGCCAGGCCCCCGACUCCGACGACUCCCACGCGCUCUUCGCCAAGAAGCUGUGGACGGCGCCCGAGCUGCUGCGCAUGGAGGUGCCCCUGGCCCGGGGCACCCAGAAAGGCGACGUAUACAGCUUUGGGAUCAUCCUGCAGGAGAUAGCCUUGCGCAACGGGGUCUUCUACGUGGAGGGGCUGGACCUGAGCCCCAAAGAGAUCAUCGAGCGGGUGAAGAGCGGCAAGCGCCCCUACUUCCGGCCCUCCGUGAACGUGGCCUGCCACAUCGAGGAGUUGGGGCAGCUCAUGCAGCACUGCUGGGCCGAGGACGUGCUGGAGCGGCCGGACUUCAACCAGAUCAAGGUCCUGCUCCGCAAGUUCAACAGGGAGAACACCAGCAACAUCCUGGACAACCUGCUGUCGCGCAUGGAGCAGUACGCCAACAACCUGGAGGAGCUGGUGGAGGAGCGGACGCAGGCCUACCUGGAGGAGAAACGCAAGGCCGAGACCCUGCUCUACCAGAUCCUGCCCCACUCUGUGGCCGAGCAGCUGAAGCGCGGGGAGACGGUGCAGGCUGAGGCCUUUGACAACGUCACCAUCUACUUCAGCGACAUCGUGGGGUUCACAGCCCUGUCAGCAGAGAGCACCCCCAUGCAGGUAACCGGGGAGAGCGGGCCAGUUUGCCCCAGGGCUGUGCUCCCCCCUCCCCUGCAGGUGGAGACGAUCGGCGACGCCUACAUGGUGGUGUCGGGGCUGCCGGUGCGCAACGGCAAACUGCACGCCUGCGAGGUGGCCCGCAUGUCCCUGGCCCUGCUCGACGCCGUGCGCACCUUCAAGAUCCGCCACCGGCCAGACCAGCAACUCAAGCUGCGCAUCGGGAUCCACAGUGGCCCGGUCUGUGCCGGGGUGGUUGGUCUGAAGAUGCCCCGUUAUUGCCUCUUUGGGGACACGGUGAACACGGCCUCAAGGAUGGAGUCCAAUGGGGAAGCUCUGAAGAUCCACCUGUCGUCGGCCACCAAGAGCGUCCUGGAGGAGGUCGGCUGCUUCGAGCUGGAGCUGCGUGGGGAUGUGGAGAUGAAGGGCAAGGGCAAGAUGCGGACGUACUGGCUGCUGGGUGAGCGCAUGAGCAGCAUGCGGGGCUGACCGGCCCCCUGCCUACUGAGGGACCAGCAUCCACCUGCGUGCCGGACCAUCCUGCUUCUCCCCCGGGCAUCGGCCCCUCCCACACACGCUCCAGCCGGGGGCUGAACGGGGCCCUGCAGGGGGGGCCCCACUGAGCCCAGCAACACCCGCGGGCUGUGUGUGGACCCAGCCCUCCUAGCGGGGUCUCCAAAGACACUUAAAACACCCCCUCCCCCCCGCCAAGGGUCUCUGCCAACCUGAGUCGGGGGAGGGGGAAGCACGGAAUGGUUGGACUGAACCCUGGGAGGGUGAUACCCCUGCAGCAGCGUGGCACCCCCAGCACCCCCGACCUCCCGGUGCCCCCACCCUUGGCUCGCGAAAAGCCCGGGAGCAGAACCACUGGCCCAUCCCCACUCCCAGCCCUGAGACCCAGGGAGCUGGACUCGGAGCUGCCCCCUUCUCUCCACCCCUGCGAGGCCCUGAGCCACAUCCGAGGAGCAGAUCCCACCCCCGUCGAGCCCGGAGACUUGUACCCAGGGGGGCCUCGUCCCCAGAGCCACAGGUGGGGAGGAGCUGCCCUUUACCGAAGGGUCGGGGGAGCUCACACAGCUGGGCAUUGCCCCUCCCCUGCACACACACAGUGGGGGGGGGCUCCCUGUCAGGGCGUCGUCACCAGAGCUCUACUCUUUGUAAUAAAGCCUGUGUAUCUUG